GAAUAUUGUAAAGCAAUGGAAGAGUGUGAGAUUCUGGAUCAUGCCUUUGAGCUAAUUUCUGCAUUUGAUGAAAUUGUUGCCUUGGGAUAUCGUGAAAGUGUCAACUUAGCACAGAUUCGUACGUUCACUGAAAUGGAUUCCCAUGAAGAGAAAGUUUUCAAUGCUGUCAGGAGGACCCAAGAAGAUGAAGCAAUCAAAGCAAUGAAGAAAAAGGCACAAGAGCUGCAAAUGCAGCGCAAAGCAGCACAGAAGUCUGGGGGCCGCUCAACAGCAGGUUAUGGUGGAAUAGGUAGCAGCAGCUUUAAAAGUUCAGAUUAUUCACAAGUGGUAGAAGAAACUUUAUCACGACAAGAAACUAAAAAAUCUCAAUCCAGGUAAAUGCCUUUUUUUAUGAAUAUGUUAU